UUGCAGCGGAACCGCAUGUUGGUUCUAGCAAUAUGGCGUCUAGCGUCCAUAGUAACCGCUUCUUUUUGUUUGAGAAAGUUUGUGUUCUGAUUCGUCAAAGUCUCCGUAUGUCCGGAUAAACCUGCCUGACUGGACUUUGUGCUGUUCACCGUCUUUUUCUGGAUGUUUUUUCCUCUGACUCAUCUCUCGGUAGACUAUAAACACGUUCAAGUUAGCUUAGCAUGCUAGCUGGUUAGCACCGCGACGCUAGUCAGAGUGAGUGUUUGAUGGACAGCAAACUGUGUUUCUGACGGAGUUUGUGUGGAGACAAAGUUUGUGUCUCUUUGUGACAAUGUCUAAAGUCCAAACGGUGAGAGCGCUGGUGGAGCAGCGACUGACUGCGGCUGCUGAAGAGAUAUUUGGGCUGUUUGAAAGAACGAUAGCAGAGUACGAGGAGCAACUUUGUCGUUCAAAAGAGAAGAACGAGCGACAGCAGAAACUACUGGACGCUGUUUUCAACCCUCAGAUUCAGCUACACAGAGCAGAUGUUCAGCAGCUGUCGGUGAGCGAAGAAGAGUUUCCCUCUGAGCAGCAGGAGAGGAGCUGCAGUCUGGACCAAGACCAGGAGGAGCCAGAGCCCCCACACAUUAAAGAGGUACAGGAGGAACCUUGGAGCAGUCAACAGGGAGAGCAGCUUCAGGGGCUGGAGGAGGCUGAUAUCACCAAGUUCACAUUCACUCCUGUCCCUGUGAAGAGUGAAGAAGAUGAAGAGAAACCUCAGUCCUCACAGCUUCAUCAAACACAAACUGAACAGAUGGAAACAGAAGCUGAUGGAGAGGACUGUGGAGGACCAGAACCAGACAGGAACUCUGAUCCAGAUCCACAUUUACAACCUGAGGAGACCAGAGAACCUCAGUCAGGUUUGAACUGUUUGAAAAAAGAUCGGCGCCCAGUCAGAGAUUCCAUAUUUAGUGCUGAUGAGAAACGAUUUAGCUGCUCUGAGAGUGGGAAGAGAUUUGGCUACAAGAGCCAUUUGAAGAGACACAUGAGACUCCACACAGGAGCGAAACCUUUCAGCUGCUCAGUUUGUACGAAAACGUUUACACAGAGUGGAGCUUUAAAGUCACACAUGAGACUCCUCACAGGAGAGAGACCUUUCAGCUGCUCAGUUUGUAAGAAAACUUUUACACAGAGUGGACAUUUAAAGUCACAUAUGAGCUUCCACACAGGAGAGAGACCUUUCAGCUGCUCAGUUUGUAAGAAAACUUUUACACGGAGUGGAAUUUUAAAGUCACACAUGAGACUCCACACAGGAGAGAGACCUUUCAGCUGCUCAGUUUGUACGAAAACGUUUACACAGAGUGGAGCUUUAAAGUCACACAUGAGACUCCACACAGGAGAGAGACCUUUCAGCUGCUCAGUUUGUAAGAAAACUUUUACACAGAGUGGACAUUUAAAGUCACAUAUGAGCUUCCACACAGGAGAGAGACCUUUCAGCUGCUCAGUUUGUAAGAAAACUUUUACACGGAGUGGAAUUUUAAAGUCACACAUGAGAGUCCACACAGGAGAGAGACCUUUCAGCUGCUCAGUUUGUAAGAAAACUUUUACACAGAGUGGACAUUUAAAGUCACAUAUGAGCUUCCACACAGGAGAGAGACCUUUCAGCUGCUCAGUUUGUAAGAAAACUUUUCCACUGAGUGGAACUUUAAAGUCACACAUGAGACUCCACACAGGAGAGAGACCUUUCAGCUGCUCAGUUUGUAAGAAAACUUUUACACGGAGUGGAAUUUUAAAGUCACACAUGAGAGUCCACACAGGAGAGAGACCUUUCAGCUGCUCAGUUUGUAAGAAAACUUUUACACUGAGUGGACAUUUAAAGUCACACAUGAGACUCCACACAGGAGAGAGACCUUUCAGCUGCUCAGUUUGUAAGAAAACUUUCACACAGAGUGGAACGUUAAAGGAACACAUGAGAGUCCACACAGGAGAGAGACCUUUCAGCUGCUCAGUUUGUAAGAAAACUUUUACACUGAGUGGAGCUUUAAAGUCACACAUGAGACUCCACACAGGAGAGAGACCUUUCAGCUGCUCAGUUUGUAAGAAAACUUUUACACGGCGUGGACAUUUAAAGAGACACAUGAGAGUCCACACGUGAGAGAAACCUUUCAUAAAUGUGCUGGCCGCUCGUCCUCAAAGUUUCAUCAAACUGAGGAGAACAAAAGGCAGAGCCUCCAGCCAGCAGCCCACAUGAAGAGAUGCAAACCUCUUUUUCAAUCUUUUUGAAGGACUCGAGAAAUAUUUUCAAGUCUUUUUUUAAAUGCUACAAAGCUUGUAGUAACUUUAUAAAUAUUUAUUCUAUUUGUAUGAAAUGUACUAACAAUCUCAAUAUAAUUAAACAAUACUUUCUUUUCCAUGAUGUGAUAUGAUAUUCGUUUCCUUUUUUUGUUUGUUUUACAAAACAAAAGUUUGCAAACUGAUAUUUUAAUUCAAUAUUUUAAAAAAGUGCAGAGGCCUGUACUACGAAGCAGGAUUUGAGGGUCAGUGAGGUAACCUGAGGUUUAACCCUGGUUAUCAGUAUCUCUGUCUGAACUGACUGUUAACACUGUUGAGAGCAUCAAAGCAAAAAUAAUCUGAAAUUUAAAACAUUCUGGUUUGUUUAACACUUGUUUUAAUAACAUAAUACCAAAUGUGUUCCAUCAGAGAUUUGAUUUUCUUGAAUAUGAAUCUAGAAUGUAGAAGAUUUAAUGAAAGUAAAUCAACCAGUGAGUCAGAAGGUGAGACAGCUUCUGUAUAUUAAUAGAAUAAUUACUGUUCUCUAAUAUUCUGAUUAAAUAUUCUGAUUUAUGUGCAGAUCUAUGUUCUCUCAGGCUGUUUUAUUUAAUGACUUAAUUGUUGUCUGCACAAUAACAAACCUCACAUCUGUGUGUGUGUGUGUGUGUGUGUGUGUGUUGACUGUAUUG